AUGAAGCUCCUCUCCCUCGCCACCUCGGCUCUUCUCGCCGCCAGCGUCUCCGCCCGUUCGCUUUCUUUCACCACGCAGGACGACAAGCUCUCCGUUCCUGGCGACAACCCUCUUGAGUUCUGCGCCGACCCAAAGGACAACGUCCUCGCCCUUAAGGCAGUCGACCUCACCCCAAACCCACCCAAAGCCGGCGAGACCCUCAACAUUACCGCUUCUGGCGUUCUGUCCAAGGAUGUUGAAGAGGGUGCCACCAUCCACUACUCCGUCAAAUACGGUCUCAUUACCAUCAUCAACACCUCCGCCGACUUGUGCGAAACUGUCAAGAACAUCGAUCUUGAGUGUCCGCUGAAGAAGGGCGAUCUCCAACUAUCAAAGGGCGUUGAGCUGCCGAGACAGAUCCCACCAGGCAACUACCACGUUGAGGCAAAGAUCCUCUCCGUAGACGAUGAGGAGGUGACCUGUCUGAAGGCAAGCGUUGAGUUCAAGAGGGGUGGCGCCAUGGGUCUGGUUUGGCAGGCAAAGAACGACUUGUAG